AGGUCCCCAGACCCCCCUCUCUCGCCUCCUCUCCACACCGAUCUAGGGUUUCUAGGGUUUUGGUUCUCCUCGUACGGCGGCGGGUCAAGCAAGAUGGCGGAGAGGGUCAAGGGGACCGUGAAGUGGUUCAACGUCGAGAAGGGGUUCGGCUUCAUCACCCCGGAAGAUGGCGGCGAGGACCUCUUCGUCCACCAGUCCUCCAUCAAGUCCGACGGCUUCCGCAGCCUCGACGAAGGCGCCACCGUCGAGUUCGUUGUGGGAUCCGGUGACGAUGGCCGCACCAAGGCCAUCGACGUCACCGGCCCUGGCGGCGCCACCCUCGCCGGCGGCUCACGCGGCGGCGGCGGCGACCGCUACGGCGGAGGCGGUGGUGGUGGGCGCUACGGCGGCGGCGGCGGCGACCGCUACGGUGGGGGUGGCGGCGGCUACGGAGGCGGCGACCGAUACGGCGGCGGCGGCGGCGGUGGCGGCCGUGGUUGCUACACCUGUGGCGAGGAGGGACACAUGGCGAGGGACUGCAGCCAGGGUGGAGGAGGCUACGGCGGUGGCGGUGGCGGCGGCGGCGGCGGCUACGGUGGACGUGGCGGCGGCGGCGGCGGCGGUGGCCGUGCUUGCUACAACUGUGGGGAGGAGGGCCAUAUCUCAAGGGAGUGCCCCAACAGGGCCAACUAGGCGCUUCAUCAUCUCGUCGUCAGAUCUGUCUCCCGUGUUUCGUUUUGCCCCGUCUUGAUUCUGCAGCAAGUCAUGCCAGUCUUAUCUGUAGUGUUCCCCGUCCUGCUCGAACGUGAAGUAAUGUGGAUGGAUCCUUGGGAGUAUGAGUGAUUUCCUGUUCUAAGUAAUUUCAUUAUCCUGUUUGAGACAGAAGCAAAAACUAUAUUCUAAAAGUAAAUUUCGAGCAAGUUUUUAGCCUUC